UAUGACUUCCAUUUCCUGGUACUGUCGGCGUCAUCCCAAACACCGCUGACUGAGCGUCCCUGUCGGUUUCUUCAUCUUCUCUCCGGUGGACACUCUAAAAUCCUGGGCGAUCAUGUCUCGAUAUGCUACAUUUGUUUUAUUCCUCACCCUUGGAAUUGCGUUCCAGCUGUCACAUGGCACUGAGGUGACUGUCGUAGACAAAGACAACCAGUUAUGCCUCUUUGCCAAUCUAAUGGUCAACUUUUCAGUCUCAUAUGAAGUAGCUGACAAUAAGAGUGCAACAGUCGAGUUUGAACUUCCAACUAAAGUCACAACAGAUGAAAGUACAUGUGGUGCCACAAGCUCAACGUUGAAGCUUAAUUUUGGAGAAGGUCACUCCUGGAGUGUGAACUUCACCAUCAAUGGAAAAAUGUACCAGGCAGACACCAUCAUAUUUUCCUACAACCUCAGCGACACAACCGUCUUCCCUAAUUCUGUAUUAAACGAAACCGAAACUGUUGCCGUGAAGCCUCGCAUAACAGAUGUAGGAGUGGACACCUGCUACUCAUGCAAGAGUAAAGACAUGAUCGAAGCCGAUAAGGUCAACCAGACACUGUGGAACGUGCUCAUACAGGCUUUUGUCAGUAACAACCGCACAAGUGAAAACAUUACUUCUUGUCCUGCCGAUGUACCCACAACUACUGUUGCCCCUACCACUCAUGCCCCCAGUACUACCACUGCGGCUCCAGUCACGAACUCCACUACCAUUGCCCCUUCUCCCACAACCACCCCGACCCCCACCCUCCCCACGCCCACCACUGGGAAGUACAGCAUCAAGCAUGAUGAAAACAGCACAGCCUGUCUGAUAGCCAACAUUGGCCUGCGGAUUGGUUUCAAGCAAGAAGAGAUGAACUUUGAUCCAAACGGGACCAAAGUCUCUGGAUCAUGUGGAGUCAACAGCAGUGAGCUGAUACUGAUGUCCAACACAAUGACCAUCAUGCUCACUUUCACCAAUGACACAAAGAAAUUCCGCCUACAUGCUCUGAACAUCACGGGAAAGACUAGCUCUGGUGUGUUGUUUUCUGAAGCAAACACCAACCUGAGUCUGUGGGAGGCAGCUGUCGGCACCUCUUACAUGUGUAACAAGGAGCAGAACUACACCAUCACCAGCCCACUCGCCCUCUACACCUUUGACCUUCAAGUACAGCCAUUUGGAGUCAAGAAUGGUGUUUUCAGCACAGCCCAUGAAUGUUCUUUGGAUGACACCAGCAUCUUAAUCCCAAUCAUUGUUGGGGCUGCUCUGGCCGGCUUGAUUCUCAUUGUAGUGAUUGCUUAUGUGAUUGGUCGAAGAAAGACUUACGUUGGAUAUCAGACACUUUAAAUCCAGUUUGCAAUCAAUAUCACGGGGUUCCCAAGCCUGGUCCUUGGGUUUCGUAUGCAAUUGUUUAAUUGGCAAAUAACUUAAAAAAAUCUAAAUCUAAACUAAAGUCUCUGCUGGGAAAACAUGAGAUGCAGUAUUGAAGUUAUUGGCCGUUAUGGGACAUGAAAUGCACAUGGAGCAUUAAUGAUACUAUAAUAAGGAGUGAAAAUUCAUUUUCAUUAUUAUUUUUUUUUUUCCAAGGACCAAACUUGUCUACCCCCAAUGUUUUGUGUUUCUUUUUUGUUGUUUUCUGGAUGUCUUGUCUUUCCUUUUUUGUUGUUAAUGAGCAAGUGCAACAUCCAUACAACCUUUUUUUUUAUUUAAGUAGUUAUAAUCACUUGACAGGUUUCUACACAGGUACAGUACACUUCAACAUUUACAAAAGCCUCUGGACAUUAAUUAGUUUGACGCAUUUUUAGCACAAGAUGUGACCAUUUAAAUUGGUUGCUGUAGGAUCUUGCACUUGCUCUGCAGACAUUCCCUUUUUGUUUGAUUUUGUUGUUAUUUUAUCUUUGUGCACAUUUUUGUUUUUACUUCCUUUUAUGGUUCAACUGUUCAUCCCCAUAAUUAUUUGCAUUAAGACAUAAAGGAAUGAUCAUUUUCAACAGCAUUUUUCCACCAAUCAAAGAAAGAUGAUGAAUCAGCUUUCUUUAUUCCCAGAAAUUCAUUUACAAGGAUGAAAGUCUACUCCAUUUUGAAAGUAGUCAAGGAAAAUAUGCUUUAACACCAUGUUUGCCCCUGUAGAGCAGGAGAAACAUUGGAAUUAUUGUCCUGAUUAUGCGGCUCAAAUCCUAUUUGGAAUGUAAAAUGAAAUUGUUUAAAAUGAAUAGACCUUUUUCAUGGAGGACAUUUCGGCAUCAAAGCCAUACAAGUCCAGGUGGAACUAAUGACAUUAAGAUGGCCCACUUACAUUUCAGUGACAAAUCGUCGUUAGUGUUAUUAAUUACACCUGUGCUUUGCCUGCUGUACCAUGUCAAAAUGUCUGCUGUUUUAAAAGGUCUCUUAUAUUUGCACAUGCUCCAGUCAGAGAAUAAAUCUGAGGGAAAAAAAGGUCAACUGUUUUUUUUGUUUUUUUUCUCACACAAUACAUUUUGGCAUUAGGUUUAGAAAAGGGAGAGUUAUGUUGUGUAGAUGUUUGCUUUCAUGAGGCUAUUUACAUAUAAAUGCACUAAGGCACUCUUCACAUUUUUGCAUUAUGUUGAGACUGAUUUACAUUAUCUCACCUGUGUAUAGGCGUGGGCUUGGCCUGAGCUUUGAGGGCUGCAGCUGGAUCAGGGCACCUUAAAGCCCCUGAAAACGUUAAUCUGAAGUAUUUCUCUGUAACAUUAAAUAUAAUUACUGAACGAGCAACAAUCAAAGGUAAAGUUCAGAAAGUGACCUGUGGUAUUUCAUGAAGAGUAUAACACAGGAACAGUUUUGUGAUAUUGGCUUUAAUGGUAUUUUCUUUAAAAGCUCAGCGUAUUUGCUCCAUCAGGACCUUGUGGGUGUGGUUUGAUCUUUUUUUUGUUCGAGUACUGGAAAAGAACAAAACAACCCCGCAUCGGUCUUUAAAAAGUGAGGAAAACCAGUGAAGUAAGUGAUAUAAUCUCGUGUGAAAUAGACAAAGUUGUUGGCAGAAAGUUGUGUUUUCACGUAGUCGCUCAUAGUAAGAAGCUGGAAGCAGGUUUUCAGGAGCUUUGAAGUCAGGGAAUUAGUGCAGGUUGCAUUGAUGCAGUAUCAGGGAUGAAGGCAGUCCCCAGAAUGUGUAUUUCUGUAAUAUUAGAAAGCCAGUGGUACACAUGGUAGGAGCUGUGUAUUGUUGCUUAAUUUGAGCAGAGUGCAGUGUACUGUUAGCCUUGUUCCAACUCUUAAGUACUGGAGCAAAGCAGGCAGAAAUAGUUGCAUUUUUUUAGUUGCUUAUAAAGUUAGCUUUCCCAGGACAUUGUACAUGUGUGUGAGUAAUAGUUCCUAAUCAAAUACGAGCUUUGAUUUUUGCUUGUGAUUGUUGCUGUCUUGUGUAUUUCAGCUUUGUACAAACUCUGUUGCCUUAAUUAUGAAGAUGGUUUUGCAGCACUGGUAUAAAUGUAUGUGUUAGACAUUUUCUCAACGUUCAUCUCCCUUGUUCUCAAUAAAUCAUCUAACAGGUUUAUCAUGACGACUGUGCCUUGCUUAAUGAUAGUUUUGUUUUGUUCAUUCAAUAAUUGCUAAUACAGUUAAGAUAUCAUUUUGAUAACUUUGAGGACAUUGCACAUACAUGUUAAGUAAAGGGAAUUUGUGCCGCAAGACCAUCUAGUUAAAAAUGAAUUAAUGUGUGUUAUGUGGAAAGAAGUAAUUACAGAUUUCAUCUCCAUUCACUCAAGCUGUUAGCUAUAAAACAUUGGAUUAUAAAUUGUGUGUCAGACUAAAGUGGAGCUUUUAGUCUUUUAAGAUUUAUGGAAAUAAAAAUGCGUUGCUGCUUUGGA